GUCUGAAUGUCCUACUUUACACACAUUGGACCAUUCUUCUUACGCGCAUUCUCCUUACGCCCAUUCUUCUUCAGAGUACCUGUCCUUAGUGUUUCUAGUAGAGUUCCAUUGAGACCUUAUCCUUCACGAUCGCUUUAUACUUCCUCUGUCCAACUUGCUAAACGCGCGAACGCAACUUCUACUGUCUCUAUAGUCAUAAGGACGACAUUUACUAGAACAAACAAGAGAAAAACUAAGUGUUCGAUGGCUGAAAAAUCCCUUUCUUCAACUCAGCCCGUCCUCGGAAGGCGUCGAAGCGGAUCGAUUCAGGAUACAUCAGGAUCUUCUGCGCCUCCUACGAAAAAGGCAUUGUUCUCUAUCUUUGAAAAGAAGCAUGGGCCGUUGCAACCAGCUAGUAUUUGUUGGGAAACAUACGGGUCAAGCUUCAUCGUGGGCAGAGCGUUUGAACCCAAAGCAGGAGCGAAAGUCGCGGCAUUUGAUUUGGAUCACACGCUUAUUAAGGUCAAUGGAAAGCAUAAAUGGCCCAAGAAUGCGGACGACUGGGUCUGGUGGACGCCUUGUGUUCCGACACAAUUGAAAGAAGUGGCAGAUGCUGGGUACAUACUUGUUGUGAUCACUAACCAAAAUGGUCUUGAUGGAAAUGUACAAAAGCAGAAUGAGAUGCGGAGCAAAUUUGAGAAAAUCUGUGCUUGCCUGGGUCUGCCCAUGUGGGUCCUGAUCAGUAUGCAAAAGGAUCAAAAUAGGAAACCUAUGACCGGACUGUGGCACUGGCUCGAAUCUAGAUUUUUAGGAGAUGGAGUUGAGAUUGAUUACACUGUUAGCUAUUACGUGGGAGAUGCCGCAGGGCGCCAUGAUGGAUGGAAGGCUGGGGCCAUUAAGGAUUUCAACAAUACCGACCGCAAAUUCGCAGCGACGCUCGGUAUUCAGUUUCAUACACCAGAACACUUCUUUUUGGGCCAAGCUUGUCCGGAUAAUAAAUGGUCAUACGGUUCAUUUGAUCCCAAGGCUUGGCCCAAGGACGCCCCAUUGUUCUCGCCGUCAUCGACGCCUCUUCUACCGAAUCCGGGGACUGUUGAGGUGAUUGUCUUCUGUGGGUACCCUGCAUCUGGCAAAUCAUCCUUUGCGCGCAAGUACAUCCUUUCCACUGGACAAUAUGACUAUAUAAACCAAGAUACACUUAAAACCAAAGAAAAAUGCAUAAAGGCAACAGAGGAGAGCUUACAAAAGAACAGGGCGGUUGUUGUAGACAACACUAACCCAGAUAGGCCUACUCGAGAGUCCUACAUCAAUUUAGCCAAGAAGUAUAAUGUGCCCGUUAGAUGCUUUUUAUUUAUGGCAAACAAGGAUCUUGCAAUGCACAACAAUUACUUUAGAGCGUUUCACCGUCCAUUGCUUGAAGCUAUGAGAAACGUAGAAGACAAAAAGUCGCUGAUUACGACCCAAAGCACGGCUACACCUGUGGCGGAUUCUUCUACGGAGAUGACUUCGUCGAAUGACAAUGAUGGAGGGCAAACACACAACCCCAGUUCAGUAACCGUGACACUAACAAAAGUCAGAGAGGAACCAGUUCGUGAGCGACUACCCGAUAUGGUCUUUUCAUCAUACGCAAAGCGAUAUCAAGAACCAACAGUGGCAGAGGGCUUUUCUGAGAUAAAGAAAAUCAAUUUUAUCCCAGAUAAGGAUAUUAAAGAUGCUUGGGAGCGAUGGUACUUUUAAGUCAUAGAUGUG